GUAAGAUUACUAAAUAUAAUACGAUAUUAUCCCGUCUUUUACGUCUUAUUACUCGAGCCUAUAUUAAGACGUUUAUAUAUAGAAGAUUAUAUUAUUAUUAAACUAAAUUAA